GGCGGAGCCGCGCUGAGCCCAGGGCUGUGAACGCUGCGCGCGGGUGGAAUUUCCAGUCCGGGAGGGGGCGGAGCCGAGGACAGUGGGGAGGUUUGGUCCUCGGUGGCCUCCGUCCUGCGGCCUGCCCGGAAGAAAGUCUAGGGGCUGGGGUCGCGGGACCCGGCUCCCUGAUCAGGCUGGAGAUGGAGUUCGACUGCGAGGGGCUGAGACGGCUGCUUUGCAAGUACAAGUUCAGGGAUCUAACCGUGGAAGAACUAAAGAAUGUAAAUAUGUUUUUCCCACAUUUCAGAUAUUCCAUGGACACUUAUGUUUUUAAAGAUAGUUCCCAGAAAGACCUGCUGAAUUUUACUGGCACUAUUCCUAUAAUAUAUCAAGGUAAUACAUAUAACAUACCAAUUCGUUUCUGGAUUUUGGAUUCUCACCCUUUUGCUCCCCCCAUUUGCUUCUUGAAGCCAACUGCAAAUAUGGGGAUCUGUGUUGGAAAACACGUGGACGCUCAAGGCAGAAUAUACUUGCCCUAUCUCCAAAACUGGAGCCAUCCUAAAUCUGUCAUUGUUGGAUUAAUUAAAGAAAUGAUUGCCAAGUUUCAAGAGGAACUUCCCCUGUAUUCCCUGUCAUCAUCUGAUGAGGCACAGCAAGUAGACUUGCUAAACUAUAUUGCAAAGAUCACUGAAGGUGUCUCAGGCAUAAAUUCAAAGAGCUGGGCAAAUCAUGAGAGUAAAACACUCAGUAAAGUUACUGUGGUUGGAGGUGGAGAGUUGGGUGUUGCCUGCACAUUGGCAAUUUCAGCAAAGGGCAUUGCAGACAAGCUGGUUCUCUUAGACCUCUCAGAAGGGACUAAAGGAGGGAUGAUGGACCUUGACAUCUUUAAUCUACCUAAUGUGGAGAUCAGCAAAGAUUUGUCUGCCUCUGCUCAUUCCAAGGUGGUGAUUUUCACAGUCAACUCUUUGGGUAGUUCUCAGUCCUACCUCGAUGUGGUGCAGAGCAAUGUGGAUAUGUUCAGAGCCCUUGUCCCAACUCUGGGACAUUAUAGUCAACACAGCGUCCUGCUUGUUGCAUCUCAACCAGUGGAAAUCAUGACCUAUGUGACAUGGCAACUGAGUGCAUUUCCUGCAAAUCGAGUGAUUGGAAUUGGAUGCAAUCUGGAUUCACAGAGACUACAAUAUAUUAUUACAAACGUUUUGAAGGCACAGAUUUCCGGCAAAAAAGUAUGGGUUAUUGGUGAACAGGGAGAAGACAAAGUGUCUACAUGGGAUGGCCAAGAAAUAGUGAGUCAUAAUUCUCAGGUGCAACUGUCUAACAGAGCCAUGGAAUUGUUAAGGGCAAAAGGUCAAAGAUCCUGGUCUGUUGGACUUUCAGUAGCUGACCUGGUUGAUAGUAUUGUAAAUGAUAAAAAGAAAGUGCAUUCUGUAUCCACUUUAGCAAAGGGAUAUUAUGAUAUAAAUAGUGAAGUGUUUUUAAGUUUGCCUUGCAUCCUUGGAACCAAUGGGGUAUCUGAAGUCAUCAAACCCACAGGGAAAGAAGAUACAGUGACUGAGAAACUCCAAAGCAGUGCAUCCUCAAUCCACGGUCUCCAACAACAGUUAAAACUUUGAUUCUCAAAUGCAGUUACCUGAAAUGAAAGAUCAUUUAAUUCUGCCAACAUA